UAUUAACAACAUUUACAUUUAUCUCGACGACUCGACCGCCGGAUGACUCAUGUGUGCGCCCUAGCCCGCCAGUCAAGUUUUUAUCGCCAGUUUCGAGUUUUUCGCUCGUAUAAUUUUUUUACGUUCGCGUUAUCGUAUUUAAAUUCCGAUUUUACCUUCUCGCAACUAUUCUUUCGUUUCUCAUUGUUACUGUGCUGUGUCGUUUUCACUUUCCUGAUCUGCCCGUGAACACCGUUGUCGUCUAUCACUAUUCGCUUUCGAAACAGUGUUUUUUUUAUCCGUGGUGAAAGUUUUUUUAAAAAAAUCUUUGAAUCUCACGUCUGUCUGGACCACAGUACCGAAGAUUUAAAAUGUCACCAGAAUCAUGUCUUGUGUAACUAAAGACGGCUAUAACAAUGUUCAAUUUGUAUGUUGACAAAUUAUAUCUGAAAAAAAUAGAAUUUUAUUUGACCAAACAUGGACGGGGUGGACAUACAACGGUUUUUCAGCCCAGUUACAUUGUUACCUAGACGUUUAAAUUUCAAUGACUCUGAUGAGUCUUCACCUUGUCUUAUUGCUGCCAACAUUCAAGAGUCUCCUAAAACUCCGCCUAACCAUGUACAACAUAUUCCACCCAUGACACCAGCCAUUCGAAAACAUCGUUCUGCAAUUCCACUAAGGUUUGCUGAGCAUUUAGCUUCACCUUCAAAAGCUGAUUCACCUCAAAAAGAUGAAUUAUCCUAUUCACCUCCAAUAAAAAGGAUUCGUGUCCUUAAAUUGGAAGAAGGUAUAUUGGAUCGAUCUCAAUCUUCUGUAAAAUCUAAAUUAUUUGAAAAUAAGAAUUCAAAUCAAUUACUCAAUGAACCAACAAUAUCUAAACCUAAACAAUUUAGCAUUAACCCAUUCUCUCCUGCAGCAACUGACCUACGGUUAAAAUGGACAAAUAAUAAUAACAACAAUAACAAUAAUGAAUCAUCAACACUUGACAACUGGUCUAAAGAUUUAACAAAUGUUGAACUAACUGAUCUUAAAGUAUCUAGAUACUUUAAAGAAUUCAAAGUAGAAGAUCUUAUUGGAAAAGGAGAUUUCGGUGAAGUUUUUAAGUGUAUUAAUAUGCUAGAAGGAAUGCCGUAUGCUAUUAAAAAAACACUUAAGAAGGUAGUAGGAACUAGACGAGAGAAUUAUGCUCGUAAAGAAGUAUAUGCGAAUGCUGCUUUAUUUAGUCAUCCAAAUAUAGUUGCUUAUCAUUCUGCAUGGAAUGAGAGUAAUUCAGUUUUUAUACAACUAGAAUAUUGUGAUGGUGGAAAUCUAGAUGAAAUGAUAUUUACAAAACAUCACAAUUUCAAUGAUGCUGCCAUUGAGCGCUUAUUAUCUCAUUUAGCAAGUGGUCUUCAUUACAUGCAUACGUCAAAAAUGGUUCACUUAGACAUAAAACCUGCAAAUAUCAUGAUAAGUCAUUCUAAGUUCCUGGAAAAAGAUGAAGAUAAAGUUGAUGGAGAUAUAGUUUACAAAAUUGGUGAUCUCGGUCAUGUAGCUCACACAGACAAUUUAAGUGAUGUGGAAGAUGGCGAUGGCCGAUAUUUACCUAAAGAAAUGUUAAGUGGAAAAUAUGAUAGUUCAUCAAUAACAAAAGUUGAUAUAUUUUCAUUAGGAAUGACUGCAUAUGAAGCCAUUUCAGCUUUAAGGUUGCCAAGUGAUGGACCAGAAUGGCAUUUUUUAAGAGAUGGAUUUGUACCGGAUAUAGAAGAUUUUGAAUUAAGUUUACUUAUAGCAAAUAUGAUCGACCCAAAUCCUCUCAAUCGGCCUAAUGCUAUUGAUGUGUACAAAAAUGUCACAUUAAAAAUGUCCGAGUUAACUGAGCUCUCCUCUUUACAGUUUAAAAGAGAAUAUUUAGCCAGCUGUACAAAAACACGGUCUACUCAAUGUUCCCCAACUAAUAGAACUACAUCUACUUCUAAACGAGUUCCAAUAGCUUUAAGCACAUGGCAUAAAAGGCGUCUGGUUGGACAAAAGUCAAAGCGUUACUAUUCAUUUUGAAAGUACAAUAUUGUAACUUACUUUACUCUGUUUUUUCUAUGUUUAGAUAGUAACUUGAACUCUGUGAUGAUAAUUAUAGUUUUUUUUUUUUGUAUAAAGGGUCUCAAAUUAUUUUAUAUAAAGUCUGUGAAUUUUUUAUUGUAUACGUUUUAUAAAACUAUGUGAUUUUUCUAUUGUUACGCUAGUUAUAAAUAACAUAAGUUAUUUGUGGUAUGAUAAAUAUUUCUUCUCACUGGCUGUGAUACAGCAUUCUUUAAUAUUAUGAUUUAAGUUUUAUUAUUUUUGCGCAUUGUUCAUAUAAAUUGAAGUUAUCAUAUUGUCAUUAUACUUCUAAAAUUCAUUUCGGCCUAAAAAAAUAUUGUUUAAAAUUGUAUGAUUACAAACUUUAUUAUUAAAGUUCUUUUAUUACGGAAAAAAAAUAAAAUAUAUAACAUUUAAAUCUUUAAUUUGAAUACUUUAUGAAUUACAUAAUAUUACUAAUUUUUAAAUCUUAUAAACAAUUGAUAUAACAACUAAUAUUGUUUUAAAACAUUAGAUACAUUAUGUUUUGAUAUUAAAUAAUUAAAAUGUAAUGUAUAUGUUGUAUUAAUGUUUUACCAAAUAAAAAUAUAUAAUUUUAAUUCUUUUUUAUAUAAUAGUUUUAGUCUUUAUAAUUUUGAUAAUAUUUAAUAAAUAUACUGGCCAAAAUGAUUUUUAAUGUAUAAUAGGUUCUUGGUAUUAUUAUUUUUUUUAUAAAAUUUUUCAUUUUUAUUUCAUUAUUUAUGUUGAAUAAUAAUAUUAUCUAUUUUAGUAACAUUUUUUUUUUCAUAUGUAUAAAACUGUCACUUUGUUAAUAUUUAAAUUAUACCCAUAUUAUGAAUAAGAAAACAACUUGAAUUGCUUAAAAUUCAUUAUGGAUAAUUUACCUACCUCUUUAAGUUUUAUUUAUGUUUUGUCAUUAAGUUUUAUACUGUAAUAAUUAAGAUUAUUUUCUUUUCAAUACCAACAAAAAUACUAGCGUAAAUACUAUGAAAAAAUUAAUAACUUGUAAUUUAUUAUUAUUGUUAAUAUUUAGUAACAAUCAUUUUAAUAUGUUUAAGUUUAUGUUACAUUUAUGUUUAUUAAGCAUUAUAAUUUAUUAGUUAAACAAAGUUACUGAACUGUUAAAGAAUACCUAUGUUCAUUUUUAAUGUUAAGAGAUUUGUGUGUAACAAUUGAUGUU